UUACAUUUACUUUUCACAUAAAUACAUCACUUAAACAAAACAAAAAUCUUAAAACAUCACAAAAAAUGAAACUGAGGAAGUAUAGUUUUCGAUUAAAAACCAAAAGAAAAAAAAAAGUCUAAUAUCUUAAAAUUGAAAACAAGCAGAAGCCAUAGAUUUGGUCGGUUAAUCCCAUCCAUAGCAUCAUUGGGUUGAAGAAAAAAAGAACCAAAACGUUGAGAUGUUUGAUCAACAACGUUCAUAUUUGCCAAGUGCCAAACUCCACCACGUGUGAAAACAAGUGUUCAAGUUCAACAGUUAGCCAAAACGAAAAAACGCAAAACUUGCACGCAACCUCUUUCUCGCCCAUCUCUUACAACCUUUUCAAUAAGAACCAAACUACAUUCGAAACCAAACCACAUCAAAACUAGACACAAAAACAUGUCAGUGGUUUUAGUCUCUUCAGCUUCAGCUACACUAACCAAAUCCAAUUCCAUAAAAAUCCCCUUUUUAUCUCCCAACUCCCUCAAAUUCCCGUCAAAACUCUCGAUCCCUCCUCAAAGAUCGAAACUUUCCGGUAACCCACUUCGCGUGGCGGCGCCGCCGUCAGUACCCACUUCGGAUCCGGCGGAGGAGAGGCGGAUCGAAGAAGAGGACGGCGGAGAGAAGGAGGAGGAAGAAGGGUCCGAGUUUAAGUGGAGAGAUCAUUGGUAUCCGGUUUCUCUUGUGGAGGAUUUGGAUCCGAGUUCGCCUACCCGGUUUCAGCUUCUGGGUCGAGACCUUGUCUUGUGGUUUGAUCGGAAUGAGCAGAAAUGGGCCGCCUUUGAUGAUCUCUGCCCUCACCGCCUCGCUCCUCUCUCUGAAGGAAGGUUGGAUGAGAAUGGACACUUGCAAUGUUCAUAUCAUGGAUGGUCUUUUGCUGGGUGUGGAUCUUGCACUAGGAUUCCACAGGCUGCUACUUCAGGUCCUGAAGCUAAAGCUGUUAAGUCUCCGAGAGCUUGUGCUAUUAAGUUCCCAACUAUGGUGUCUCAAGGUCUUCUCUUUGUUUGGCCUGAUGAAAAUGGAUGGGACAGAGCCAAUUCCAUUGAACCUCCUAGGUUGCCGGAUGACUUUGAUAAACCAGAGUUUUCAACGGUGACAAUUCAGAGGGAUCUUUUCUAUGGAUAUGAUACUCUCAUGGAAAACGUAUCUGAUCCUUCCCAUAUUGAUUUUGCUCAUCACAAGGUUACAGGAAGAAGAGACAGAGCCAAACCAUUGCCCUUCAAGGUGGAGUCAAGUGGUCCUUGGGGUUUCCAAGGAGCCAAUGACGACAGUCCAAAGAUUACCGCAAAAUUCGUUGCUCCAUGCUAUUCUCUUAACAAAAUUGAGAUAGAUGCGAAGCUACCAAUCGUCGGUAACCAAAAAUGGGUUAUAUGGAUUUGCUCAUUUAAUAUACCAAUGGCUCCAGGGAAGACCCGUUCCAUUGUUUGCAGCGCACGUAACUUCUUCCAAUUCUCUGUACCUGGACCCGCUUGGUGGCAGGUUGUACCAAGAUGGUACGAACACUGGACUUCCAACUUAGUGUAUGACGGAGACAUGAUUGUACUUCAGGGACAAGAGAAAGUGUUCCUCUCUAAAUCAAUGGAGUCACCAGACUACGAUGUGAACAAACAGUACACAAAGCUCACGUUCACUCCAACACAAGCAGACCGUUUUGUACUAGCUUUCAGAAACUGGCUUAGACGGCACGGCAAGAGUCAGCCUGAGUGGUUCGGCUCCACUAAAGCUAACCAACCUCUCCCUUCCACUGUCUUAACCAAACGCGAGAUGAUGGAUAGAUUUGAGCAGCAUACACAAGUGUGUUCUUCUUGUAAAGGAGCAUACAAGGGUUUCCAAAUCCUCAAGAAGUUUCUUGUUGGCACUACGGUUUUCUUUGGCGCCACGGCUGGUGUUCCUUCGGAUGUUCAGAUUCGGUUGGUUCUGGCCGGUUUAGCUUUGAUCUCAGCUGCUUCUGCAUAUGCUUUACAUGAAAAAGAGAAGAACUUUGUGUUCAGAGAUUACGUGCAUUCUGAAAUUGAAUAGAUAUUUGUAUAAUCAUCAUACAACUUUGUAAAUCAAAACCAUAGCAACUUCUAGCAAAAAUUACAGUACCACCACCACCCUGCCGGCGUAUAACUCUUUAGCUUCUUUUCUUUUGAAAAAUAAACCCUAUCAGUUCCG